AUGGAAAACAAAGGAUGCUAUAAAAGCUAUGUAGAAAUAUUAAAAUAUUACAGCAAAGAUGAGCUUGUUGACAAUGAAGGAGAAAAAUUGUAUGAACACACAAAUGGAGAUAAAAAAAGGAGGAGUAAUCCUCCUUCUUCAUUCUUUAAUAAAGAUGUGAACAUGAACAAUGCAGUGGGUCUAAAUACAGAUCUAUUUUUUUCCUUACUAUUUUUAAAUAAAAAAAAAAGAAGCAGUCAUUAUUUGUCCAACAGUCCAAAUAACAAUAAUAUUCUUUAUGAAAGCAAAAUUUAUAAGGAUAACAAAGGAGGGGAAGUAAAAGACAAGGAAGAGAAGUUGUUAAGGAGAAAAUUAAGAGAAGAAUACAAUAAAAAAAUAAAAUGUGAGAAGAGACAACAUUUUUUUAUUAAUAGUCAAUUUAAAAAAAUGGAAAAAAAAAUUUUUAAAAAUAAAAAAAGAAAAAUUUGUACGAUUUGUUUUCAUAAUAAUAAUUCUGAAUAUCUAGAAAAGUGUAAAAGUUGUUCCUUGUAUUUUCACAUAUAUUGCUACAAACCUUUUUGUAAUUCUUUUAAUUUAAAUUAUUUUUUAUGUGAUAUGUGCUUAGAAGAUCGUAAUUAUUAUGAUCCUCCGUUUAGUAAAUACAUGAAUUUGAACUGUUCACGUGAAAAUGAUAAGAACAUUUAUAAUUUUUCCCCACUUGCCGAUAGUGAAAUUGUAAAAAAAAAGCAAAUGCAUAUUCAUGAUAACACAAAAAAGGGAAAGGAACGAACAACUAAGCUCUUGGAAAAGAAGAAAUACGUAAAAUGUGUAAGUGAUCAAGAGUUAAGUGCAUACAUUUGUUCUAAAGAGAAAGGAACAAUGAACGGAACAGUGAAUAGUAAGCAUGGACAUAGGUCAACCGAAGGGGCAACUGGAUGUGCUGGUAGAAACAAACGAGAGGGGUGUGCUAAUGGCAGAUUUACAUGUGAUCAAACUCAUCGAAGUAGUGGUUACCAUUCUGACAGUACAUACAACCGAAGUUUGUGUUCGUUCUCUAUACUUUACAAUAGUGCUACUAAUAAGAAAAGAAAAAAUGCCCUACAUGUUGAUAACAUUGGAAAUAUAAAGAAGUGCAUUGUAAUGAGAACACUAGCUAACAAUUACAAAGUUAGUUAUGUGCACAUCAUUCAGCAUAAAAUAAAUAAACUUCGAAAAGCUUAUAAUGAAGAAAAUAUUAAAUGCAGUAUAUGUAAAGGAUCAAGUAAAAAUGCACUGAUGAAAAAGAAAGACGACAAUUUGUGGUAUCAUCUGUGCUGUUUAUACUAUAACAGUAUUACCAAGUAUAAUAGUUUGUUACAUGUAUAUUUUGAAUAUUUUUUUUUUAAUUAUUAUAAUGAGGAUUAUUUUGUAAAUCUGUAUGCAAGUCUCAGAAGUGUAAAUGAUAUGAUAAUAAAAAAAAUUAAGGAUCAGUUUUUAAAUAAUUAUAAUGUAAUUUUACAUAGUCACACAUUCAAUUUUUUGAUGAAUCCCUAUUAUUACAAUUUAACCCUUAAACAGAUUCGUAAUUUAAUAUACUGCAAUUUUAUACAACGCAAAAAUAUGCUUUAUUAUAAUUGCCGCAGCACACAUAGGCAGCUCGCGUGCAGCAAUUUUUACAAGAACAACAAUGGGGAUGAUGAUUGUAAUGGGUGUAGUGGUUGUAAUGGUUGUAAUGGGUGUAAUGGGUGUAGUGGUUGUAAUGGUUGUAAUGGGUGUAAUGGGUGUAGUGGUUGUAAUGGGUGUAAUGGGUGUAAUGGUUGUAAUGGUUGUAAUGGUUGUAAUGGGUGUAGUGGUUUUAAUGGUUGUAAUGGUUGUAAUGACUGUGGUAAUGAUCAUAAUACUGCUUCAUACUUUUGUAAUUCUAGCGUUAGUUGUAACAUGAUAACUGAUGGUAAGAAAUGCGACCCAAAAAAUAUUUUACCUAGUGGAGGCACAAAUCAUUUUUUCCCACAAGACGAUAUAAUUAAUGUUCGGGGGAAAGACUCUGCAAGGGGUUUUUACGGGAGCACUAUUGUAAGUAGUAGUAGCAGUGAUAGUAGUAGCAGUAAUAGUAGCAGCAGUGGUACUAGUAGCAGUGGUAGUGGUAACAGUAAUAGUAGCAGCAGUGGUAGUGAUAGUAGUGGCAAUAGCAGUGAUAUCAGUAGUGGCAGCGGUAGUGAUAUCAGUAGUGGUAGCGGUAGUGAUAUCAGUAGUGGUAGCGGUAGUGAUAUCAGUAGUGGUAGCGGUAGUGAUAUCAGUAGUGGUAGCGGUAGUGGAGUUAGUAGUGAGAGAAGUCGUAUCAGAAUUGACAAAAAAGAGGUCAAGGAAGUAAACUUUAAAGUGAACAACGAAACGGACGAUGAAAUGAACAAUGAUGUGGACAAAGAUGGGUUAAGAGAACUUCUUAUGGAUGAUGAAGAACACUUAAGAUUAUCCAACGACUUAAGUUCCAUGUACUGCAUUGACACAAAUAACUGCACAAUCGUCAAGGAAGAAAAUUAUUUUUCAAACGAUAUUGCAUGCAUUAUAAAUGACCAAGAGAAUGAUGAUACACAUUUUAGUAGCAUAAAACAUAACGAGUAUAAUGCUCUUUUUAAAGAAAUUGAACAACUAAUUUAUAAAAGAGAUUUUAUAAACUUAAAUAUAUUAAAACAGAUAAAGGAAAAAAUGAUAGAAGCUAUACAAAAUAAUAACACAAAGGCAUGUUCAUUCUGUAACAGUCACACGGGAAUAAAGACCAAGUGUAUGUAUCCAUCAUGUUGUACUUAUUUUCACAUAUAUUGUUAUUUUAACGCAUUUUUAAAAAAUUGGCAAAAGAGGAAAACAUAUCAUCACUUGCGAAGCAUCAUGAAGAAGUCAAAUCUAUAUGAACAGAAAAAAAGAUGCGUAAAUAUUGUUCCGAAGUAUGACAGGGUAAUGAAGAAUAAGCAGAGAAGAAAGAAGCGAACACGAGGGAGUAGCGUCCUUGGUAGUGCAAAUAAAGGAGGUAUAGGUAACGAUAGGAUUUAUUCGAAAUCCAAGGCUACGAGUCUAGGACGAGGUAAAGACUGGGAUAAGCGCAAAUACCAUGACGAAGAAGGGACGCAGAACCGUGAGCUAUUCUCCCGAAAUGUGCGAAGGAGGAUGGUCGAUAGUAACGAUAGGAACAGUGUAAACGAUGGGAACAGUGUAAACGAUGGGAACAGUGUAAACGAUGGGAACAGUGUAAACGAUGGGAACAGUGUAAACGAUGGGAGCAGUGUAAACAGUAGAAAUGCGCGGAAUGAAGAAGGUAGUACAGGAGCAUGGCAUGUGCUUCCAACGUCAAAUAGAAGCAGUCAUGGUAAGGACCAUAAUGUUAUGACCUUGACCCCUGAAGUAAAGAACAAACAGGAGAGUGGACAAAAUAUUUCUGAGAAGAGAAUAUUUAAAAGUGAAGAAAAAUUAAAUAAAAUAAAAUGUAUAUCCAAAACGAAUGCAUUAGAAAAAAUGAAUAAUCGUUUUAAAAAAGGGGAGGAAAAAGAUUUACUCACUUACAAUAGUAAUAGUAUUACUACUACAUUUAAAAUGAAUGAUCAUUACAAUAAUAAAAAAAGAAGUUAUAUAAACCUAAGCGAAAUUGAAGAGAAGAAAAAUAGGGGUGGGUAUAUAAAUUUAAACAAAAUAUACAAUAAAAUUAGUCAUUUAAGAAGAGAAAAUGGAAAGGAAAAAAAUAGGAAUACUACUACUUGCAGGAGUAGUAGUAGUACUAGCAAUAAUGUGUUUACAAAUAGCAGCAAUAUAGAGUACACAAAUAAGUUUAUAGAGGACCACAGUGCGUCUAGUCAUUAUACGAAGGGCAAAAAUAACCUUACUUCCAAACGGAAUAAUUGUAUAUACAUCACAAAUUACAUGAAGCCGCUUCAUUUUGAAAAUGAUUAUAAGAAAAGUAUUGAACAGAAGGAAGUAAGCUGGAACAAUGUCGUGUAUAACUCCUCCAUUUUAUUGGAUGAACUUGAUGGGAAUGGUAAAAGCAAUCUCCCAGCUUCUUUUAGCGGGAAUAAUACUAAUAAAAAUGGAAAUAAUAGUGGUAAUAAUAAUGACAGCAGUAGUGAUAAACACGAUACCAGUAGUGACAAACACGAUACCAGUAGUGACAAACACAUUAACAGUAGUGAUAGAAAUAAAUUUGCAAAUAGAGAAAAUGUAUUUCCAGCCAAUAUGCCAUACCUGAACUUAAGUUAUAACAGUAAGCAUAAUAAACCCAAUGAAGGGGAUGAAAACGACGAUAGUCUCUCUUCACUCUCAUCCAUACUACACUCCUCCAUGUCUACGGAUUGUUUUUCUGCCGAACUGGUAACUGAUGAUAAACCCUCUGAUAUGUUCCUAUCCUUCCUUGCAGAAUCAUAUUCUUCUUUCGUUUGCUCAUCGGAAGUAUCGCCAUCUAUUCAUUCUCUAGUGGCAUCGUCCCACUCGUGCCCAUCGUUCACUCAUUCGCGCGUAUCUUCAACAUAUUCACGCGCAUCAUUAUCAUCUUGUUGUUUAGCAAGUUAUCAGGACUCCAUCAAAUAUGCUACUUCGGCAUCCUCCUCGGCAAGUGCUAAUGUUAAUCAUAACAAAUCUGUGUCUUCCGCGAGUUUCUCCUCACAAGCAUCGAAAUUUUGUUGUCAAAUAAGUCAAACCUUAAGUAGCAGCAAUUCACAAGGACUUCAUUCUUCAUUAUGUGAAGAGCUUUUUUCAAAUUAUAAAAUAGAUCAAAUGAAUCUGAGGAAAAACGAUACAAAUAAUACUCUGCAUACUAGUAGAGAAACAAAUAAAAAUAAAGAGAGAAAAAGAAACAGAAAGAGAAAAAAAUAUAGCACUAACAGAUACAGAAGUAGUCGUUACCAGGAUGAUACAAUACCGGCAGAAAAACAAAUUAAUUUUCCCACUCUCGGAUUAUUUACAACAGACGUAGAAAGCAAAAAUAGCGGUUUUGUUCAAGCGAAAUGUAUCAAAUUAGCUUUAUGCAGUUUGCAUAAUAAUAGAAAGGAUAUAACAACUGUUUUGAGCUUAAAAUUGAACUCACUUAAUGAUAAGAAGAACAACAACUUAAGUAGUAUCUUCUACCAUUAUUACAACUCCUUUCUACGCUCUGUUUUUUUCUCAAAUAAAUAUGACUAUGUGCAGGAGGAAAAGGGGGAAGAAAUGGGGGAAGAAAUGGGGGAAGAAAAGAAUAUCGAGCAUGAAGAUCUCAAGGAUAAACAGGAGCAAAGGGAAAAGGAAAAAACGGAAGAAAGGGAUCAAGACAGGAAUGAAGAAAUCAGUCCAGAUAAGAAGCAAGAAGACAAUCAAAUAAACAGUCAAAGUAACAAAGGAGUGGCAGUGGAUUGUAAAAAGGUCAAGAAGGAGGAAAAUAAAGUUGAUUUUAUUACGGUAGGACAAACCUCUUCCUUUCAAAAUGAUGACCGUGUUCAGGAAAAAAAAGAGAAUUUUCAUUUAAAUAAGCGUAAGCUUGACAUUAUUACGAACACGCAUAGAUUAGAUAAUGAAAGUGCAGGAAGUAAUGGAGUCAACGUUAGCGUUAGUGCCAAUAGCAGCGGCAGUAGUCGUAGUACAGAUGCAGAAGGGGGCAGUGAAGACGCGAAUAAUUUGUGCGAAAGUAAAAAAAAAAAAAAAAAGUUGAAUGGUAGCUCAGGUACGUGUACUAAUGAAAGAGGAAAUAUCAUCGAAAUAGAAAAAAUGGUAGAAGAUAGCGUUGAACAUUCGAAGGGUCAAAAACAUAACAUGGUAAAAAAUUUUAGAAGAGAUAAUUGUGAAGAGGAGAAGAAAAAGGAUAUACAUAGAAAGGAAAACUUUUAUGGGAGCACAUCGAAUGAAGUGGAAGCCAACAUAGCAGAGGAACAAAGGAAUGUAUUAAGUAGAGGUAAACAUUUAGAAAAUGGGGAAGGAGUAACGGAGGAAGUAACGGAGGAAGUAACGCACGAAGUGAGAGAAGAAAUGACGAAAGAAGCAUUGACGAAAGAAGCAUUGACGAAAGAAGCAUUGACGAAAGAAGCGUUGACGAAAGAAGCAUUGACGAAAGAAGCGUUGACGAAAGAAGCAGUGACGAAAGAAGCAAUGACGAAAGAAGCAAUGACGAAGGUAGCAGUGACUGCUUGGAGGGAUUCCCCAAGGGAAAAUGACCAAAGCGCGUAUAUUUAUUUAAAAAAAGAGCAAGGAAAUGAUGGCAGCAGCUCAAUAAGAUAUUAUGAUGGUGAUGAUGACAAAACAUUGUUAAACGCUGCUAAUAUGCCGAUGAAUGGUGUAAAAGAGGGGAGAGAGGAAAAUGCAGAAGCAUUUUUUGAAUGUGUAGGAAGUAAUAUAAAAGAAAAAAAAAAAGAAUGUGAGCAAACGGAUGAGGUAAAAAAAAAGCGUCAUGAUGAUAGUAAAUUUGAUAAAUAUGGUGCGAAGGAUGUGGACGAUGCGGACAGUGUGAAUAGUCGGAAUGGUAUGGACAAUGAGGGUAUCACUACAAUGCAGAGGGAUGAAGUGAAUGAAAAGAACUUGCUUUCAUUCAUCAGAUUCUUCGAUAAGGUUAUUGAAAGAGUGGAAAUAAGUAUAAUCAUAAAAAAUAAUGUAUGCGAAGGUAUAUAUUUUUUAAGGCAACAGGGUGGAGUAAAUAUUUAUCAGAAGGUAAGUGGUCGUUUUAAGAAACAGUUAAAAAUUCAAAAUACAAAAAUAAAAAAAAAUAAAAAAAAGAAAAAGAAAGUAGGGGAUAUAAUAAAUAUUUUGAGAAGUACUACUACUACUAAUAAUAAUAAUAAUAUACAUAUGGAUAUGCAAGUAGCAAAGAACAAUAAAAAUAACUGUAUUAGUAGUAAUAUAGACUUAAAAAAAAAAGUGGAUAUAAACAAUUAUUCUUAUCUAUUCUAUAGAUUACCUUUACUUUUAUUUGGUAAUAAGUAUGUAAAUGAUGUAAAAAAUCUAAGAUAUAUUUUUCAAAUAAAAAAUUUGUUCUAUCAAUAUGUUGAAUGUUCUCAUAACUCGAGAAAUAUCUUGUCACUUGUUGAGUUGUUAAGAAGCUACUCUACACAUGCCAUGUUUCUAAGGGGCGGAAGGAGACCAGCAACAAGAAACAUCGUUACCCAAGGUAAAGAUGUAAGUGUAAAUGACCAAUGUAACGUGAGUGUGAAGGAUAAUGGUAAUGAUAAUUGUAUUGACAAUUCCAAUGCUAAUACCAGUGCUAACACUAAUACCUGUGCUAUUGUCAUUUCUAAUGACAGUGAGCUUAACUACAGCAAUGAAGUGGAAGAACCUUCCCAAAGGAAAGCAAACAGUAGGAUCGUAAAAGAGUUAAAGAAUAAUAUAAAUAGUAUAGCCUCUAGUUUGAGUAAUAUUGAUCAAAGGGAAAGCAAUAACAACGAACGAAGUUUGAUUGGUAAUGAUUUUCUUCUGGAUAGAGAAAACAAUAAGGAGGAAAAUGAAAGGAGCAAAGAUGAUAACAAUACUACUAGCAGCUCUCAUAUAUCGAACGACAAAAUGGACACAGUCUAUGUCGAGUAUUGCGUAGUAAAAGGAAAAGAAAAAAAAAACAAAUUGAUGAUGGAAGCUGAGUCUGAUAUAGCAACUAAUGUGAGCUGUAGUGUCAGUACUGUGGAAAGUUUUGAUCAAAUGAAAAGUAAAAAAAAGGAUACUACAAAGGAUGCAGUGGAUGAUAACUUUGGAAGGAUUGUCACUACUCCCACAGUUGCUUUUGCAAAUUCGGAGUCUCAGAAGUUUUGUGAUGGUCCAUUUGGUCUAGGUAAAAGAAGAAAGACCAAGGGAACUGAAAAUGGAUGUAGGAAUAUAAUUGGAAGUGAUAACCGUGCGUUUGAGGUCCUCCCCAUCAACGCAGAGGAAAAAAACAAACAUGCGCAUGAUAAGAGUAAAAAUGUAAAGAUUGAAGAAUCAAGAAGAGAGAUAAACCCGUAUGUUAACAAAAGUUUCAAUAUAAUCUUUUGUCUAUUUGAUAACGGGAAUAAUAUUUAUCUGUUGAUAUACGAAUCGUAUAUAUAUAACAGUAGAAAGACAUAUUCUAAAAGUAAGUCAACAAGAAAGAAGAAAAAAAAUUCAAAUAACAUAGACUCUUUUUUUAAAGAUUUGUAUGAGAAACUUCAUAAGAGGAACUCAAAGGAAGCAGCAUACGAUAUAUUGAAAUGGAUUAUCAAGUGUAGUGGCAUUAGAAGUAUGUGUAGUAGAGGCACUAAUAACAUAACACCUAGUAGUAGAGUGAACAAUACGAGAAGCAAGUCCAGCUACGCAAACACAAAUAAUAGAAGUAUCAGUCACUAUUACAAUAAUAAUAGUAGUAGUAUUAGCAAUAGUAUCGGUAAUAGUAUCGUCAACAGUUUGGCAAGUAGUAAUAACAUCAGUAGUAGUAGUAGUAGGUAUUCAGAUGACUUAAACCUACGCAAGCUCAGUGAAAUGGUGUUAAAUAAAAAUAUACUAGAAAAUAUACUGAACAAUUUUGAAAUUUUUAAUAUAGAAAAAAAUACUUGCCUAAAAUUAGCUAACAUUAUCGAGUUGACGUAUUAUGAUUAUCUAUUUAUAAAAAGACAUAAAUUCUUUUUUUCAAAAGAGGGAGUAAAAAUAUUCGACACGUGUAACAAGAUGUACGAUAUGGCGGAAGUGGCAGAUGAGGAGGAUACAAAAUAUUGGGGGAACAUGACAUAUGGAGAAGACUCAAAACACGUGGUAGAUACUCAACGAAGUAGUAUUAAAAGGAGUAAUAAUAACGAGAACAAGGUUAAGCUGAAAAAUUAUUUCAAAACACAUGCACACAAAUUAAAGGAAAUUAUAAGUAAAAUGUACACAGCCCAAUGCACUAAUAAUAUGAUGUAUUUUCGAGGUACGCUAACAAAUGAUACUAUCCUUUACAACAACUUAAUAGAAGACAAGAAUAAUGUUUAUUUGAAGAAUAAACAAAUAAAGCUUCCUGUAAAUAAUGAGAUAUGCAGUAUAAACGGUACAACUGCUUGUAUCACUGAUGGGAAAAUAACUCCCAUUUAUUAUGGUGCAGAAAUGGGUAAUUGUGUACCAUUAGAUAAAAUAAAUGAAUGCAAAAAAUAUAUAAGUUUAGGUUUGAAAAAAAAAAUUAUGAACAGACAUCAUAUAUCAAAAAGGAAGGAUAGAAAAGAUAAAAGAGAUCGAAAAAGAGAAAGAGAAAGGAGGAGUAAAAGUAAAAAUGGAAAUAAAAAUAACACAGAAGAAACUAUUACAAAUAAGGAGUGUGCCUAUUUAAAUAAGAUAAAUAAAACUGCAAACAGUAGUUAUGUAGCUGGAGGUGAUACCAACGGGUACAGCAGUGUUGACAACAACGAGGAAAGUCUUAUCGAUUGCAUUAUAAAGGAGUAUUUGGGUGGAAGGGGAGGCAGUAAUAAUAAUGGAAGUAGUUGCAGUGGUGGCAAUAGUAUUAAUAGUAUCAAUAAUGGUAUCGUUAGUGACAAUAUCCUUAGAGAUAACGUUAACGACGUGGUUCGGAAAUACAACAGCUUUAGUGUGAAUGGCAAAACGGGGUUAAAGUAUAGCAAUGUUUUAAGUGAAAACUGUGUGUCGUCCAUUCGUUCCUUCAGUGCGUAUGACAUAUAUAAGCUAUUUUUGCUUGACAAUAAGAAUGAUACUAGCAGUAACGUCAACAUUGAUGGUAGAAAUAACGAGAUACAAAACAUAAGCAACAAAGAGGAUACAAAGAAACUCAUAAAUGAAUUAUUGUAUGACCAAACCAUUAUGACCAAUUAUAGAAAUUUUGUUGUGAGAAAAAAGCAAAUGGAGUUCUAUUAUAAAAAUUUAAGUGCCUACACCAAUUGCUUAGAUAAGGAAUACAAUUUUUUAGAUAUGUACCAUAUUUUAUCUUUUAACAUUAACAAAAAUAAUUUUUUGAAAAAAUCGAAUAAGCGAAAUGUUGAAGAAGUAGAAACAAAAAUUAAUAUAAAUGAAACCAACUGGAACAGCAGUAAUAGUAGAAGGGGUGUGAAGAAUGAAGGAAUUAAUAUUGACAUGAACAGCAGAUCUAGAUGUUUUAGUAGUAUAAGUGAAAAUCCAAGCAAGAUAGGUGUUCAUUCAUUAAACGCAGAAACGGAUAACUUGGAGUAUAAAAAAUUGGAAACUCCUUUUUUGUUAAAUCGUUAUGAACACAUUGAAACUACAAAUAUUUUUAAGAAAAAAAAUAACAACUAUGAUAAGAAGUGUACUAGUAACAUCAUCAAUGCUAGUACUAGCGGCACGAAUGACAGUAAAAGCUGCUUAAGCAAUAAUACAUAUGACGGUAGUAAAACACGUAGCAAUACUCAGGGGUAUCUUAAUGCUAGAGGGGGAAACGGCAAAGAAAUAUUUAAAUUCGCCAAGAACAGCAACAGCAGCAGCAAUUCUUCCAGUAAUCUGAAGAGAAAUUUAGCCAAAGAGGGUAAGAGAAAAUCGCCCACUCACCCUGUCCAUUCGGUCCAUCCGGUACAUGUCACAUAUCCGAUUCACGGCGCUUAUUCUGACCAUGUUCAUAAUAAUGACCAAAUGAAUGGCGAAAUUUUCAAAGCAGUCAUUGAUAAUAAUUACGAAAAAAUGCACAGGUUGUACAAUAACCUGAAUGAAGAAAUAGUAAAAAAGAAAUUACAUUUAGUAAGCCGAAUAAUUGAAGAAAACUAUUCAUACAAUUUAUCGGACAUGCCGAUGUACAUAAAUUUUGUUUUUUAUAAAUACUUGUGUGUGAACAAUUGGACAAAUUUGAUUUAUAAUUUAAAAGAGAGUUUUUUAAAGGAAGAGGCAUUUUUUCUAAACCGGAAUAAUGGUACAAACAGUCAAAAUAUUGAAGAAAAAAAAGAUGAAGAAAAUGACAAAAAAAAGAACGAAAAAAAAGAUGAAGAAAAAGAUGAAAAAAAGGACGAGAAAAAAGAUGAAGAAAAAGAUGAAAAAAAGGACGAGAAAAAAGAUAAAAAAAAAAAUGAAAAAAAAAUUAGUCCAGAAAGUUCAGGACAACAUAAUGAUGUAAAGGACACCACAGGAAGUAAUGAUGCCAAAAUUCAGUUGAUUCAAACGUGUAAUAAAAAAGACAGAGGGAUAAGUGCAAAGGACAAUAAAGCAGAGAAUGAUGUUGUAAAUAACUUGACUAAUAAUAAAAAGAUGAAGAAAGAAUAUGAUACCAAUAAAAAAUGCAAAUAUAAUGGUGUUGCUGAGACUGUAACUACUACUGUAACUGCGAAAGAUAGUAUUCCAAGUGUGAGUAAGGAAUUACAUCCUGGACAAACCCAUAACGGAAAGAAUAAUAAAAAUGAUGACAAAGAAAAAACGAAUAAUUUUAUAUGUAGCGUGUGUUUCAAUACUGAAGAGAGCAAUAUAAAUAUUCUGUACAAAUGCGUAGGAUGCGCAAUAUAUAUUCAUAAAUAUUGUUAUGGUAUUUAUCCUAAGGGAAGGAGUGAUGAUUUUUUAUGUCAAAAAUGUGUAUUCAGCAAGCAUGUUAAGAAACGACACCAGAGUGAGGAUAUUACCAGGAGCAAUAUGCACAUAAAAAAAAAAAAAAAGCAAAGUAAUAGUAGCAGUAAUGGUAAAGGAAGUGGUAAUGGAAGUGGUAAUGGAAGUGGUAAUAGAAGUGGUAAUGGAAGUAGUAGUAGUAAUGGAAACAAUUUUGAUAUGAGUUGCAGCAGCGCGUGGGACGGAAACACGGACAAUAAUUCACCUGAUGCAAGUAACAGAAAUUUUGAAAAUUAUUGCUAUAUAUGUAAAAGGGAUGGAGGAGCUUUAAAAAAGACAACGUCCAAAUAUUUAAUUCAUAUUUUUUGUGUUUUGUUUUUUACAUCUAAAGUGUUUUGUUUAAAUAUUUACAAUUUGAACAACUGGGAUAUUAAUAAUUUGAAAUUUUUUGAAAAUGUUUGUUGCAUAUGUAAUAAAAGAGGUGCCGUAAUAAAUUGUGGUCAUAAUAAAAAAAACGAUGAAGGAAUGGACGAUACAAAUAAUCACUUGAAUAAAUUGUGCGGUAAAAAAGGAAACAACUGUAAUAAAUGUUGUAACAGCUGUAAUUGCAGUAAUAGAAGUAAUUGCAGUAAUAGAAGUAAUUGUAGUAAUAGAAGUAAUUGUAGUAGCUGUAGCGAUUGCAGGAAAUGUAGUAAAUAUUUUCAUCCACUUUGUGCUUACCUAGAAGGAUAUCAUAUGCAGGUUGAAAUAUAUGAAGAUCAGUUUAUAAAAACUUAUUUUUUGGACAACUGCUUUUCUCGUUUUAAUGUUAUAACGUGUUGCAAUGACCAUGUACCACAGGGUGCUUAUCAAAACAGGAAAGAGGUUAAAGAGAGAAGAAAUCUGUUGUUCACAAAUAAUAACAACAGAAGCAGUGCUAAUAGUAUGAAUAACAAAAGUAGUGCUAACAGUAUCAAUAACAAUAGCAGUGCUAACAGUAUCGAUAACAAUAGCAGUGCUAACAGUAUCAAUAACAAGGAAGAUGUUCCGUGCCACAAAGCAAAUGACAAAGUUUUAAAAAUAAUAGGAAAAAGUAACAGUCAUAAAAAUAUUAGUAAGAAUGUUUCAUGUUUACUCAAACAAAAGAACAACAACUCUUCACCGGCCCCUUUGAAGUACAAGAAUGAUAAUAUAAUAAAAAAAGAAACGAAUCAAAAACAAAAUUCCCCACUGAUUAAGCUAGAACAAUACAAUAAUAAUGCGCCAAAAAAAAAAUAA